AAUGGAUCGUGACCACCACUCUUCCCGUCUUCUGCGGCGGAGAAGCAUCCUCCUUCCCCUCUUCCUCUUCCUCCUCCUCCUCCUCCUCCUCCUCUUCCUACCUCCCCUCCGCUUCCACCUCUCCUCUUUUCUCCCGUCGGUUUCACGCUGCGGAGGUUUCGGAGGCUGUAGGAAGAGAUGGAGUUGAGUCCAAAUAUUUCCUUGCCUGCUGUUCUUAUUAUGGUUCUGGCGGGAUUGGCGGCCGGUUCUACCUUCAUCUCAGGCGAUGUGUUCGAAUCGCGUGGAUCGGCCGGGCGGAGUUUGCUGCAGGAGAAGUCGAGUUGCCCUAUCAGCUUUGAGAACAUGAACUACACAAUUAUCACCAGCAAGUGCAAGGGUCCGCAAUACCCUGCUAAGCUCUGCUGUGAGGCUUUUAAGGAAUUUGCAUGCCCUUAUGCUGAUCAGUUGAACGAUGAGACAAAUGACUGUGCAUCAACCAUGUUCAGUUACAUUAACCUUUACGGGAAGUACCCUCCAGGCCUUUUUGCUAGUGAAUGUCGUGAAGGCAAGGAAGGGCUUGCUUGUCCUGCUAAUCCCCCGGAAUCAGAGAAUGACACUGCAAGUGCUGGCAUCAUCAUAAUUCAGAGCUUCACCUCUCUGAUUCUCAUCUGUGGAAUGGUUCUAACAUUUCUGUGUUGUUGAAACUGCUAAGCUGUAUAUCCCUUGAAGCUGCAUUAUUGCACUGUCAUUCCAAUUAUUUGAUCUCCUUUGGAAGUUCAAGCCAAUUCAGUUGUGGCCACAAGCUUAUUAAUUGCUUGGCCAUCAGUAUAUUGACAAUGAAGUAUUCUUAUGACUCGGAAAUAUAAUUCUUGAGAAAAUUGAUGCCCA